UCGACUGAAACACGCGCUCUCUGUGGCCUGUCUAGUGCUCUGGCUGAGCCACAGCUGUGCUGGGAAGCGCAACUGGGACUAUGAACCAUUAUCGGUAAAUUUCGAGACUACAGAUGCAAGCAUGCUGAAUGUGGUUUCUAGCGUUGAGCGUGUGGGCCGCAGCGAUUAUGCGAUAUCAGGCACUUUAACAAAUAAUGAAGAUAUGGAUGAGUCAACGAUGAUCGAGGCCCUGUGCUAUCGCAGUUCAUCGGGCGCCGAGGAUGACUAUAAGAUUUUGCCCUUUAGCAUACCAAAUCAGCCGUUCAAAGAUUUCGUCAAGAGCUACUACAAGGACAUCAUAUAUAAGAGCUUUCAACACUGCUCGAAUGCGCCACCACCCGAAGAGGCAUAUCCCUGGCCCAAGGGCGACAUUAACUUCGACAUGUGCUCAACAAAUGGCGAGGGUUUGCCUGAAAACUUACCGGAAGGCUACUACAAAGUCAUUUUCAAAAUCACUGCUAGUACCCAAAUAGUCUAUACUGCAAUUAUAAAGCUGACAACCAAAUUGAUGUGAACGGACCAGAGAUGAGUAACAAUAAUAGCCCAAAUAUCAAUAUUAUAUAUGA